AUGAUGGUUGCACAUGUUGCAUUAGGCUCUGUAAUAGUAGUCUCCAUCAGCAUCUUUUCUGUUAGAUUGAAAAAUGAUUCAGUGGAUCCAAUUGAAGCAGAUGAUAAUGAAGAGUUGGCUCUACUAGAGCUGCCAUAUGUGCUGCUGUUGAAGAAAGACCAGAGGAUGAAUGUUGUUGAUAUCAGUCAUCCCAAUGGAGGCAAUCACUUCACUUGCAAGAGCUAUAGCAGAUCAUGUGAGAUCAUUGAUCUGGAUGAUUUUAAAGAAUGGGCAGAGCAGCAGAAGGCCAACAGCAUGCAGAUGGAAAAGGAAGAUGGAAAGUCUGCAAGCAUGACAUUAGAAAAAAGUAACUCAAAGGGCAAGGACAAAGUGCCUGCCAAUCCACAAUCUUGUGCAAUAGCUUUGCCUGAAGUGAACAAAAUGAUUAUGAUGGCAAAGCAUCUGAUUCUGCUCUUCUUGAAAGAUAUGUCACACUGA